AUGCCAUCUCCCUAUCUCAGGCCAGCUGUUCGUAGAUGCUCGCAGAGCAGCGGCUCCACCCACUUCGGCUACACAACAGUCAAGGAGGAUGAAAAAGCUGGCAAAGUCCACGAGGUAUUCUCCAGCGUGGCCGGCAAGUACGACCUGAUGAACGACGCCAUGAGUCUGGGCGCCCACCGGCUGUGGAAAGACGCCCUGGUGAGCCGGCUGCGGCCGCCGCCCCGCACCCGGCUGCUGGACGUGGCCGGCGGCGCGCUGUCAGAGGCGCACCGGGUACUGCGGCCCGGCGGCAGGCUCCUCUGCCUCGAGUUCAGCCGCGUGACCAACCCGCUCGUCCGAUGGUUCUAUGACCAGUACUCGUUCCAAGUGAUCCCUCCCAUGGGAACCGUGGCGGGCGACUGGAUCGUUACCAGUUACCUGGUAGAAAGCAUCAGGCGCUUCCCAGCUCAGGAGGAGUUCGCGCGAAUGAUCGAGGACGCCGGCUUCGGUCAGGUCUCGUACGAAAACCUGACCUUCGGCGUGGUCGCCAUCCACUCGGCCUUCAAGUUGCCACGGUCCACAGGGCCCGCGUAGUCCCAGCUCAGUUUACAUGAUACCUCGCCACCCAUGUGCUUCGCGUGUGAAAAGUGAUGGAUGCUGACCGCGAGGACGUCUGAAUCAUGCGAGAUGCCGUCGACAAGCCCACAUGAGACUCAGAAUGCCGCCAAGGCUGAUAGCUGAAC